GGAGCGGGACGCGGUAGAAGCGGGCAAGAGUGCCAGGCUCGGGUUCUCUGUGUCCUUCCACGGGGCAGGGACGAGGCAGUGACUUGACUCUGGGCGCAGAGCCCGCGAGGGAGCGCAGGACGCGCCGUCCCUUCUGCCCGGCUCACCUCACGCUACUCUCCGUCUUUUCCACCCGCGGCCGCCUGGGCGGCUCGGGACCGACCGCCCGGGGCAGCGGUGGCGGUCUCGGCCGCUGGGGCUGUGGCGAGGCCGCGGCCCUCGGGGCGGCGGUAGCGGCGCCAGCGCUGGGGAGGCGAAGGAGGGAAGAUGGCGUCGGAGCUGGAGCCCGAGGUGCAGGGCCUAGACCGGAGUUUGCUGGAAUGUUCGGCUGAGGAGACCGCGGGGAAAUGGCUGCAAGCAACUGACCUCACUAGAGAAGUGAACCAGCAUUUGGCUCACUAUGUACCCAAAAUCUACUGCAGGGGUCCCAACCCUUUUCCACAGAAAGAAGACAUGUUGGCACACCAAGUUUUGUUGGGACCAAUGGAAUGGUACCUUUGUGGUGAAGAUCCUGAGUUGGGAUUUUCAAAACUUGAACAAACAAACAAACCUUCUCAUCUUUGUGGUCGUGUUUUUAAAGUGGGAGAACCUACAUACUCUUGCAGAGACUGUGCAGUUGAUCCAACUUGUGUUUUAUGCAUGGAGUGCUUUUUGGGAAGUAUUCACAGAGACCAUCGAUAUAGGAUGACAACAUCAGGAGGUGGAGGUUUCUGUGACUGUGGUGAUACUGAAGCUUGGAAAGAGGGUCCUUACUGUCAGAAACAUGAACUUAACACCUCUGAAAUUGAGGAAGAAGAGGAUCCUCUUGUGCAUUUAUCAGAAGAUGUGAUUGCAAGAACUUAUAACAUUUUUGCUAUUAUGUUUCGGUAUGCAGUAGAGAUAUUAACCUGGGAAAAGGAAAGUGAAUUGCCACCAGAUUUAGAGAUGGUAGAGAAGAGUGACACCUACUAUUGCAUGCUGUUUAAUGAUGAGGUUCAUACCUAUGAACAAGUUAUUUAUACUCUUCAGAAAGCUGUUAACUGUACACAAAAAGAAGCCAUUGGCUUUGCAACUACAGUAGAUCGAGAUGGACGUAGGUCUGUUCGAUAUGGAGACUUCCAGUAUUGUGAACAAGCAAAAUCAGUAAUUGUGAGAAAUACCAGUAGACAGACAAAGCCACUCAAAGUUCAAGUUAUGCAUUCGUCUAUUGUCGCACAUCAGAAUUUUGGUUUGAAACUUUUGUCUUGGCUGGGAAGUAUUAUUGGAUAUUCAGAUGGUCUUCGCCGAAUUUUAUGUCAAGUUGGUUUACAAGAAGGGCCAAAUGGUGAAAACUCUUCUCUAGUGGAUAGGUUGAUGCUUAGUGAUUCCAAAUUGUGGAAAGGUGCUAGGAGUGUGUAUCAUCAGUUGUUCAUGAGCAGUCUACUUAUGGAUUUGAAAUACAAGAAACUGUUUGCUGUUCGAUUUGCAAAGAAUUACCAGCAGUUGCAGAGAGAUUUUAUGGAGGAUGAUCACGAGCGAGCAGUGUCCGUGACUGCUCUGUCUGUCCAGUUCUUCACCGCACCUACUCUGGCUCGGAUGCUCAUCACAGAAGAAAACCUAAUGACCAUUAUCAUUAAGACUUUCAUGGAUCAUUUGAGACAUCGAGAUGCGCAGGGCAGGUUUCAGUUUGAACGAUAUACUGCUUUACAAGCCUUCAAGUUUAGGAGAGUUCAGAGCCUUAUUUUAGAUCUUAAGUAUGUGUUAAUUAGCAAACCAACUGAAUGGUCAGAUGAUCUGAGGCAGAAGUUCCUAGAAGGAUUUGAUGCCUUUUUGGAAUUACUCAAAUGUAUGCAGGGAAUGGAUCCAGUUACACGUCAAGUAGGACAGCAUAUUGAAAUGGAACCAGAGUGGGAAGCAGCCUUCACACUGCAAAUGAAAUUAACACAUGUCAUUUCAAUGAUGCAGGACUGGUGUGCUUUAGAUGAAAAGGUAUUAAUUGAAGCUUACAAGAAAUGCCUUGCUGUAUUGACGCAGUGUCAUGGUGGUUUUACUGAUGGUGAACAGCCAGUCACAUUAAGCAUCUGUGGACAUUCAGUGGAAACUAUCAGAUACUGUGUUUCCAAAGAAAAAGUUAGCAUUCACCUCCCAGUUUCUCGCUUACUUGCAGGUUUGCAUGUAUUGGUAAGCAAAAGUGAAGUGGCAUAUAAAUUUCCAGAGCUCCUACCUCUAAGUGAACUUAGCCCACCCAUGUUGAUAGAACACCCUCUUAGAUGCCUUGUUUUAUGUGCCCAAGUACAUGCAGGAAUGUGGAGAAGAAAUGGUUUCUCUCUUGUAAAUCAAAUUUAUUACUACCACAAUGUGAAAUGCAGACGUGAAAUGUUUGACAAGGAUAUAGUAAUGCUUCAGACAGGUGUCUCCAUGAUGGAUCCAAAUCAUUUCCUGAUGAUAAUGCUUAGCCGCUUUGAACUUCAUCAGAUUUUCAGUACUCCAGACUAUGGAAAAAAAAUUAGUUCUGAGACUACUCAUAAGGAUUUAGUUCAGCAGAACAACACUCUAAUAGAAGAAAUGCUAUACCUCAUUAUAAUGCUUGUUGGAGAGAGAUUUAGUCCUGGAGUUGGACAGGUAAAUGCUACAGAUGAGAUUAAACGAGAGAUUAUCCAUCAGUUGAGCAUCAAACCUAUGGCUCAUAGUGAAUUGGUAAAGUCUUUACCUGAAGAUGUAAGUACCUGCAUUUUAAGAAAAGAAAAUUAUGGAAAUCCUUCCCUACCUACCAGUCUAGAGAACAAGGAAACUGGCAUGGAGAGUGUAAUUGAAGCAGUUGCCCAUUUCAAGAAACCUGGAUUAACAGGACGAGGCAUGUAUGAACUGAAACCAGAAUGUGCCAAAGAGUUCAAUUUGUAUUUCUAUCACUUUUCGAGGGCAGAGCAGUCCAAGGCAGAGGAAGCCCAACGGAAAUUGAAAAGACAAAAUAAGGAAGAUACAGCACUUCCACCUCCAGUUUUGCCCCCAUUCUGCCCUCUGUUUGCAAGUCUGGUUAACAUUUUGCAGUCAGAUGUCAUGUUGUUAAUCAUGAGAACAGUAUUGCAAUGGACUGUAGAACAUAACGGACAUGUCUGGUCUGAGUCCAUGCUGCAAAGGGUGUUACAUUUAAUUGGAAUGGCACUACAAGAAGAAAAACAGCAUUUAGAGAACGUCAUGGAGGAGCAUGUAGUAACGUUUACCUUCACUCAGAAGAUAUCGAAACCUGGUGAAGCACCAAACAACUCUCCUAGCAUACUAGCUAUGCUGGAAACACUACAAAAUGCUCCCUACCUAGAAGUCCACAAAGAUAUGAUUAAGUGGAUAUUAAAGACUUUUAAUGCUAUUAAGAAGAUAAGGGAGAGUUCAUCCACCAGUCCUGUGGCAGAGACAGAAGGAACCAUAAUGGAAGAGAGUUCGAGAGACAAAGACAAAGCUGAGAGGAAGAGAAAAGCCGAGAUUGCCAGACUGCGCAGAGAAAAGAUCAUGGCCCAGAUGUCUGAGAUGCAGCGGCACUUUAUUGAUGAGAACAAAGAACUCUUUCAGCAGACAUUAGAACUGGAUGCCUCUAUCUCUGCUGUUCUUGAUAAUAGCCCUAUGGUUUCAGAUAUGACUCGUACGGCAUUGGGCCCAGCACAGACUCCGGUCCCUGAACAAAGACAAUUUGUUACCUGUAUAUUGUGUCAAGAAGAGCAAGAGGUCAAGGUGGAAAGCAGGGCAAUGGUCCUGGCAGCAUUUGUUCAGAGAUCAACUGUAUUAUCUAAAAACAGAAGUAAAUUCAUUCAGGAUCCAGAAAAAUAUGAUCCAUUAUUCAUGCACCCUGAUCUGUCUUGUGGAACACACACUGGUAGCUGUGGGCACAUUAUGCAUGCCCAUUGUUGGCAAAGGUAUUUUGAUUCCGUUCAAGCUAAAGAACAGCGAAGGCAACAGAGAUUACGCUUACAUACAAGCUAUGAUGUAGAAAAUGGAGAAUUCCUUUGUCCCCUUUGUGAAUGCUUGAGUAAUACUGUUAUUCCUCUGCUGCUUCCUCCAAGAAAUAUUUUUAAUAGCAGGUUCCUUUUUUCAGACCAACCAAAUCUGACUCAGUGGAUUAGAACAAUAUCUCAGCAAAUAAAAGCAUUACAGGUUCUUAGGAAAGAAGACAAUACUCCUAAUACUGCCUUAUCAAAGAAUUUAGAAAAUGUGGAUGAAUUGCAGCUCCCUGAAGGAUUUAGGCCUGAUUUUCAUCCUAAGAAUCCUUAUUCUGAAAGCAUAAAAGAAAUGCUAACAACAUUUGGAACUGCUACUUAUAAGGUGGGACUAAAGGUUCAUCCCAAUGAAGAGGAUCCCCGUGUCCCCAUAAUGUGCUGGGGUAGUUGUGCGUACACCAUCCAAAGCAUAGAAAGAAUUUUAAAUGAUGAAGAUAAACCGUUGUUCAGUCCUUUGCCUUGCAGACUGGAUGACUGUCUUAGGUCACUAACAAGAUUUGCUGCAGCACAUUGGACAGUGGCAUCACUUUCAGUGGUACAAGGACACUUUUGUAAACUUUUUGCAUCAUUGGUGCCUGGUGACAACCACGGAGACCUUCCAUGCAUAUUAGAUAUCGACAUGUUUCAUUUAUUGGUGGGCUUGGUGCUCGCCUUCCCGGCAUUGCAGUGUCAAGAUUUUUCAGGGAUCAGCCUUGGCACUGGGGACCUUCACAUUUUCCAUCUGGUUACUAUGGCACACAUCAUACAGAUCUUACUUACCUCAUGUACAGAAGAGAAUGGCAUGGAUCAAGAAAAUGCUUCUGGGGAAGAAGAAUUAGCAGUUCUUGCCUUGUAUAAAACACUUCACCAGUAUACAGGAAGUGCCUUGAAAGAAAUGCACUCUGGUUGGCAUCUGUUGAGGAAUGUCAGAGCUGGAAUCAUGCCUUUCCUGAGGUGUUCUGCUUUGUUUUUCCAUUACUUAAAUGGAGUUCCUUCCCCACCUGAAAUUCAAGCUUCUGGAACAAGCCAUUUUGAACAUUUAUGUAACUAUCUUUCCCUGCCAAACAACUUCAUUUGCCUUUUUCAAGAAAAUAAGGAGAUAAUGAAGUUACUGAUUGAAAGUUGGUGUCAUAACAUUGAAGUUAAGAGAUACCUGGAAGGUGAAAGAGACGCUAUAAGCUAUCCAAGAGAAUCUAACAAAUUAAUAGACCUUCCAGAGGAUUACAGCAGCCUCAUUAAUCAAGCAUCUAAUUUCUCGUGCCCCAAAUCAGGUGGUGACAAGAGCAGAGCCCCAACUCUGUGCCUUGUAUGUGGAACUCUGCUGUGCUCCCAGAGCUACUGCUGUCAGACGGAGUUGGAAGGGGAGGACGUGGGAGCUUGCACCGCCCACACCUACUCCUGUGGUUCUGGGGUGGGCAUCUUCCUGAGAGUACGGGAAUGUCAAGUGCUAUUUUUAGCUGGCAAAACCAAAGGCUGUUUUUAUUCUCCUCCUUACCUUGAUGACUAUGGGGAGACUGACCAGGGGCUCAGACGGGGAAAUCCUUUACAUUUGUGCAGAGAGCGAUUUAAGAAGAUUCAGAAGCUCUGGCACCAGCACAGUAUCACAGAGGAAAUUGGACAUGCACAGGAAGCAAAUCAGACACUGGUUGGCAUUGACUGGCAACAUUUAUAAUUGCUUCACUACCAAAUACAUAAAUUUGGAUUUUUGUAACCCAGUUCGCUUUUCAAGAAAGAGAAUAGGAAAUAGGUUCUACUGAAUUUGGAAAUAAAUUCUUUAUUUAAGCUUUUCUUCCCAGUUUUAUUUUUAUAGUUUCUGGCUCCAGAGACUGAUGAAAAUCAUCUUCGGUCAGCAGAUUUUCUUGCAUCGUUUGCUGUGUACUUCAAACGUAACUUCUUGAAUUUUAGAAUCCAGGAAGGAGCUUCUCUUCCUGGGCUGGACUCAACCCCUUUGUGGGCAUCUGACUGCAUUUGACUGUUCCCAGUAGUCUGAGCCGUGUCACAUUACUGAACACAGGGAACUCCAGGCCUGAAGCUGAUGCAACAGCAGCAGGAAACAAAGUCUCUGGUCUUUUGGGGUCACACUUCCUGAUCCCUCUCAGUGACUCUCAACGUUGGGCCUGGGUCAGUGUCCCCACAGCUGAUGGGACCCUACCUCUAAGCAAAACAGUGGAUUUCAAAAGUGGCAUUCCCUUGUCUCUACCGGCUGUGAGGGGGUUGGGGGACUCUCAUGCUGGAGGAACCUGUGGGAAGAAGGAGAGAAGGUGGUGUCUUUGUGUGCUGGGUGAUUUUCAGGGCUAUACAAGGUGGGAUUCCCCCGCCCCCCCCCCCUUUUUUUGCAAGACUUUUGGCUUUGAGGAAUAAACUCAUGUUCAAGGGCUUAUUGAAAACUUAAGAGUAUCCUAAUUUUUCAGAUGAUACAGUCUCUUAUUUCUAAGACUAAGUUGAAAGAGUGUAUACAUCUAGAAUCAAACACUAGCAAAAAAAUGAGAAUUCAGUGUUUUAAAAUUCCUUCACCCCCACCCCUUCCAGCAUUUCCUGGAAUAGAUCAAUUGCUGUUUACCUGCUGGCUCACUUAGUACAUUUCUGGAACACCUGUGCGCCCAGGCUUUUUAUUAUUUUUAAACAUCAUUGUUCUGACUAAGAGGUGCCUUCCUAGAAUGAUAGCCGCUUAGUAAAAUAGUUUAUAACCAUGACAUGCCAUGUACCACUCUUGUGUGAUGCACAUGUGCUGAGAGCUUGGGUACAUGGAGAGUGAUGGCAGAUUUGGUGGAAGAAUAAAUACAGAGCCUCUCUGAGGUGAGGCUAAGGGAUAAAUGAAUAAUUAGAGGCUCUUGGAUUUCUUUUAGCCAAUGAAAAUAACCCUUUCACUCAGUUUUCUUUGAACUCUGCAUCUAAAAGUUCCAUCCUGCUCAGCCUUGCACACUCCACGGUACACCCAGGAGGAAGGCUGGAAAUCCAGACUUUCAGCUAAAGUAAGUGGAGAUGUAGAAGCCACACUCAGUGCUUCUCCAGGGUGGUGUGUGAAGAACCCCUUCCUCUGAAAGGAUGACCUUGACCCUUCUUGCCUGGGACUGAGUCACCCAUCUGAGAGACGGCACUUCUCACCCAGGAGGAAGAAAAUCUGCUUUAGAACACAGCGCUCACCCCCCUUUUCUGGCCUUCCUUCCAUUCAUAAGAUCUGGUGGUAUGGGCUGUGGAUGGCAUCGUGAUUUUAAUGUUUGUUUUGGCCUUUGUCACAUCCUCAUUCCUUUAGCUUUUAAGUUCAGCUUCUUUUGGCUUUUCUCCAGUUGUUAACCAAGCUUAAAUUUAGAAUGAUAAGACCAGGUUUCUCCCCCUGUAGUUGAAUUUAUAAACAUGUUCACCAAAUCGUAACAAUACUUCAGCUUUCAGAGCUGAUUUCAUGUAAGCCUGUUGUUAGCAGAGGGUGUCCCUGGGUUCCAUUCUCUGAGAAUGUCAGGGAGUCUGAGAGAAGAUGAGUUUACACGAGAUAGCAACACAUGUGCCCCUUUAUCUUCUGGUGUGUGUAUCAUUAAUCUAAUUGUCUUCCCUAACUAACGAAUCAUCUUAGUCUUAUGAUUUGUUCCGCAUGUAUUAUGUUUAUUGUAGAAAUGUUUAUAUAACAUGCUUUCCAUAUCAGGGAAAAUCAUAUCUGUUUAAAAAAUUGGCUAUAACUUUAUUAUCUGUGGACAACUUGUAAAAUUUGGAAUGUAGCAUAUGUAAAAAGUUUAAAGAUAUCCAAAUAAAUGCUUUAGGUGUUGACAUUA